UGCACGGCGAAGCAGUCAGCCUCAAGAGGAAGAAGUAAGCGGUAGGUACAAACCAUACAGACUGAAAACCUGCUAAAAACAGUGCAAUGUUUGGCCUCUUCGGGAAAAAUAAACCUGUGAAAAUUAGGAGUUUUAAGGAAAGCAGAAAGUACGGAGUUGCAGCAAAAGAUGUGAAGGAGUUGCUUAAAAAAGGCUGCAAGUUAUUACAGUUGCCAUCUUCUGGUGCACAUGUUUGUUUGUAUGCGGAUGGGACAAAGGUGACAGAGGAAUUCUUCCCCACUCUGCCGGACAACACAGAACUGGUUCUUCUCUGCAGAGAUCAGACAUGGAGUGGAGUUGUGUGCGAUAUCGGCCAGUUACUGAACACAGACCGGCACGCCGCUGGCCUCGUUGAAGCCGCGAAAGGGCUCCUGUCUGAUGAGCAGUCUCCUAAAAGGCGUAAAAUCCUGACUGACCUGCUGCUCAACCUGGAGGACAGAUCUGAGCUGGAGAGCAGAGAGGAGGAUGAAGACUGGUUCAAAGGUGUUGAAGCUCGAUUCAAGACAAAGUCGGCCUACAUGAAGUUCAACUGUGAGAGCAGGAUACGAGGCUACAUGAAGGAGGUGGAUGGUGCCACCAAAUUCAUACAGAAUGCUAAAGUCAGGGAAGAGUUUCUGAAAGCAUCCAAAUCCCUGGCGGAAACGCUGAAGGCAGCAAGGCACAACGGCUGCUACUUUGACAGGAGUGAAAAGGAACCAAAUCGCCUCUGUACUCGGGAAGGAUGGUUUACCUGCCAGGGAUCAUUUGAGCAGCAAGUGUGCCAGUCUCUCCACUCCAUCAACCCCUACGGCAGCCGAGAGAGCAGGAUUGUCUUCAGCACAUGGAAUCUGGACCACAGGAUAGAAAAGAAGAGGACGAUCAUUCCCGCUCUGCUGGAAGCUCUACAGAAUCACAAGAGCACCGACGUCAACCUGAACUACUUCUACUGCUUGCUGUUCACCAGGGAAAACCUGAAACUGGUUCACAUCGUGUGUCACAAGAAAGGAGCUCACAACCUGCUGUGUGACACCAAGAACAUUUUUAGACAAGCCGCUAACACAGACAAAGCAAAACAGAAGGUCAAAGGGAAGAAGAGGCGCUUGGUGUGAAUAUUUUUGACUCUGCUUUUAUGAAAAACAAUUGUUUGUAUGAACUGUGACGACAUAAUUACACUGAUACAUUCUGCGAAGAAUGAUCUCAAAAGGUUACUGUAGCAAGAUCAGCUGGAUAGCAAGGUAACCUUUUUAUUUUUUUAACCAUAUUCUGCUUUCUGAACCAGUGUCGCCUGCAGAGCUUUAAUACAGACUGGCAGUACUUUGUUAGACAAACGCAAUUAAACUUACACAAACCUUGAAAUCAUGAAAAAGAUUUUUUUUUAUACCUUGUGUUGGCACGGAGAUGUCAAAUGCAUGAAUUGAUUACAUUGCGGAUUCCACUCAAGACAGUUGCAUAGGAGUGAAUCACACAUUAGUGCAAUUACUGAUAACCUCAAAGUUAGAUUCCAUUUUCAAAGUCAGGUUUAAGUUAUCCUCAGUUCACGUACACACUAAAGACUCCAGAAAACCUCAACGUUUUUAGUCUGUUUUCUUUAAUAAUAAUUGUAUAAAAUUUUCACUUUUGCAAAAGUGAACCUAACAUAAAAUGAUUAGCUGCAUAUGUAUAGGGCUGGGUACCAAAUUCAUGACUUUUUAGGCACUGACCGAAUUGCAUCUAAAGUAUC